AUGGCCGUAAAAGACCUUCUGCGGCCUCCUGCUAUUGUUGCUAAAGGGAACACAAUUCCUCCUUAUAAAAAACGUGAUUGUUUAAUCCCUCGCAAAUCUGAUGAUUUUGGUGAUGGAGGUGCGUUUCCUGAGAUUCAUGUUGUCCAAUACCCGCUAGGCAUGGGUACGGAAAUUGGACAAGAGAGGCUUGUUAGGUCAAAAAUCUUACCACUCGCAGUUGAUGCUCAUGGUAAUGUUGCAUAUGCUGCGAUUCUAAGGCAAAACGAGAAUGCUUCAAAGAUUGUUUACUCUUCAUACACAGACCUAGUUCCUAAGGUUUUGAAAGUUGGUGGUGAUGAGCCUGAUCAAUCUGACGAAGAAUUGGAGAAAGAGAUCACGACCCAGAGCACAAAAUCUGCUAUUGAGAGGAUUGUGAGUGAUAAAUUGAGUGCAGCACAACCGAAGAAUGCCGUCGCUUUACCGUCUGAUACCAAAUUAAUCAAGUAUAGACCAUCUCAACAAUCGGCAGCCUUCAAUUCUGGAGCAAAAGAAAGGCUAGGUACGCUGACUGCUAUGCCUGUGGAUCCACUUGAACCACCAAAGUUCAAGCACAAGAAAGAUCCAGAGGCAUCUGGAUCACCACCUAUUACGGUUAUGCAUUCCCCUCCUCGUCCGCCAACCGUGCAAGAUUAUCAAGAAUGGAAAAUCCCGCCAUGUGUAUCAAAUUCGAAGAAUCCAAAAGGAUAUACAAUUCCACUGGAUAAACGUUUGGCUGCAGAUGGGAGAGGUCUUCAAGAAGUUCAGAUUAAUGAUAAUCAUGCAAACCUCGCAGAAGCGUUAUAUGUUGCAGAGGAUAAGGCUAGAGAAUCAGUGGCAAUGAGAUCAAAGGUUCAUAAGGAAACCUUGCUAAAGGAAAAGGAAAAGAAGAAACGAGAGUUGCUGGCCUUGGUACAAAAAGCUCGGUCUGAAAGGACUGGUGGUGCAGCUGGUGCUCCACUACCUCCUUCAUCUGUUUCUAUGACUACAUCUGACAGGAUCAUGAGUGAUGCUUGUGAGGAUAUGGGAGGAGAGAGUAGGGAGGAGAUUGAAGAACAAUUGAAGAGAGAGAAGAUUCACGAAGAGAGAAAGAGGGAAAGGAAAAGAGAGAGAAGAUUAGAAGCUAAGGAUGAGGCAAUGGGGAAGAAGAGUAAGGUUACCAGGGAUAGAGACGGAGAUGUUAGUGAAAAGAUUGCUUUAGGUAUGGCUAACGCUGGAGCUGCUACUCGUGCUGGAGAAAUUAUGUACGAUCAGAGACUUUUCAACCAAGACAAAGGAAUGGACUCUGGAUUCGGUACUGACGAUCAAUACAACUUGUAUGAUAAAAAGUUGUUUACAGCACAAAAUACUAUAUCUACUCUGUAUAAGCCUAGGAAAGAUACUGAUAGUGAAAUGUAUGGAGGUGCAGAUGAGCAGCUUGAGAAGGUUAUGAAAACAGAUAGAUUUAAGCCCCAUAAAGGAUUCACGGGUGUUCCUGAAAGGGCUGGUCCAAGGGAUAAGCCAGUUGAGUUUGAUAAACCAUCUGGAAAAGAUGAUGAUCCGUUCGGGCUUGAUCGAAUGCAUGUCUAG